AUGGCUCCCAUGGACGACGAUUUCGUCCUUACCCUGUCCGACAAUGAAGACGGCUUUGCCGACGAGCUAGCAGAAGUCGAAGCAGAACCUGCGCCCGUCUCAAACAAGAAGCGCAAGCGCGAUUCCGACGUCGCCAACCUCAGCAAAAAGGACAAGAAGAGCAAGAAGCAAAAGAAGAAGCAACAACAACAAGCCGAGUCAGAUGACGAAGAAGAACAACAAGCCAUCGACGAGGACCUAGACCCGGAGUUUGAGUUCCAACUUGGCGAUGGCACGACGGCGAAUAUGGAAGACUUUGACGGCUGGACUGCUCACAAUGCGCAAAAGAAUGCUGGCAAGAGGAUGGUUGAUAUUGAUGAUAUCAUUGCAAAGAGGAGGCAGGAGAAGAAGACGGAUGGCGAUGCAGAAGCUGGAGACGAGGAAGAGGAGGAAGAGUUUGCUGGCUUGAGUGACGGUGAAGACGAAACUCUUGCUGAAGAUGCCUUCGGUAUGGGUGCUGCUCCUGGAGUCGAGAAGGACUCUGAAGAUGAAGAGGAAGACGAGGAUGAGGACAAGGGAAGCGACGCCGAGGAUGGCAGCGAGGCAGGAGAUGAGUCUGAUGACGAGUCUGUUGCUGAGCAUGUGCCUCACCCUGAUGACGAAGAAUCGGACGCUUCAGAUGUCGAGGAAAAGGAGGACGCCGAAGAGGCAGAGAAGCGUGCUGCCUUCUUCGCUCCCGAGUCAAACAUGGACGGCGACAAGGACCCUGCAGCAAAGGCCGUGGGCUCUUUCCAGGAGCUGAAUCUGUCGCGUCCCAUCAUCAAGGGUUUGUCGUCCGUUGGCUUCGCUGCUCCUACACCCAUCCAACACAAGGCCAUUCCCGUCGCUCUUCUGGGCAAGGAUGUUGUCGGAGGUGCCGUCACUGGUUCCGGUAAAACUGCCGCCUUCAUCAUCCCCAUCCUCGAACGCCUCCUCUACCGUCCCAAGAAGGUCGCCACCACCCGCGUCGCCAUUCUCAUGCCUACCCGUGAACUGGCUCUCCAAUGUUACAACGUCGCCGUCAAGCUGGCAAGUUUCACAGACAUCACCUUUGGUCAAGCCAUUGGUGGUAUGAGUUCGCGCGAGCAGGAAGCUGCACUGAAGCAACGCCCCGACGUUGUCAUUGCCACACCCGGUCGUUUCAUCGAUUUCAUGCGCAACUCGUCCGCCUUCCAAGUCGACACCAUUGAGAUUCUCGUCCUCGAUGAAGCCGAUAGAAUGCUCGAAGACGGUUUCGCAGACGAGUUGAACGAGAUUCUGACAACCAUCCCCAAAUCCAGACAAACCAUGCUGUUCUCCGCCACCAUGACUUCCAGUAUCGACAACCUGAUUCGCGUGGGUCUUAACCGUCCUGUUCGUCUUAUGGUCGACAGCAAACGCCAAACCGUCGCGGGUUUGACCCAGGAGUUUGUUCGUCUACGUCCAGGCAGAGAAGAAAAGCGCAUCGGUUACCUCCUGCACCUCGUCCACGAAUCCUUCAGCACAAAAACCAUCAUCUUCUUCCGCCAAAAGAAGGAAGCCCACCGCGUCCGCGUCAUCUUCGGUCUUCUGGGUUUGAAAGCUGCCGAACUGCACGGAAACAUGUCGCAAGAACAACGUAUCAACGCCAUUGAAGCUUUCAGAUCUGGCGCUGCCCACUUCCUCCUCGCCACCGAUGUCGCCUCCCGUGGUCUGGAUAUCAAGAACGUGGACGCCGUCAUCAACUACGAAGCACCCCAAACCCAAGAAAUCUACUUGCACAGAGUCGGUCGAACAGCCAGAGCAGGACGUCAAGGUAAAUCGUGCACACUGGCCGCAGAACCCGACCGUAAAGUCGUAAAAGCCUGUGUCAAGACCGCCCGCACCCAAGGCGCCAUCAUCAAAUCGCGCAUCAUCGACCCCAAAACCGCAGACGAAUGGUCCCGCAAAGUUGACCUGUUGGCCGUAGAAAUCGAAGACGUGCUACGGGAAGAAAAGGAAGAAAAGGUGCUCGCGACAACGGAAAUGCAAAUGCGCCGUACUGAAAACAUCAUGACGCACGAAGACGAAAUCCUCUCUCGCCCCAAGAAGACUUGGUUCGAGAGCGAAAAGGACAAACGUGCUGCCAAGAUUAGAGGAAAGGAAGAGUUGAAUGGAGCAAUGACGCCAGGAGCCAAACUCAAGGGUGAUAGAAAGAAGUUGUCCAACAAGCAAAAGAAGAAACUCGAAGACAAGGACGAGAGAAUGGAAGGUGGAGGUUGGAAAAAGGGAAAGGCAGAGAGAGAUGGCAAGGGUGUGCUCGAAAAGGAAAAGAAGGGCAAGGGAGGCAAGAGGCCGCAAAAGCCCAAGGGACCUAGGAAGUCGAUGUAG